UCCAGGAUGUGGUAAAUGCAAAUGUCUCUCUGAAGCUACUUCUCUCCCUGGCCUUUGGGCCACUCAGGCUGUUCUCCCCAGAUUAGGGAGCAGUUUGCAAAUCUGGCCUCUGGUGGAUUAGCAUUCUUAAUUGGUUUAGGAUUAGAGCGUAUCCAUCCUGGUUGGACAGAAUUACUUGGGUGGGGCAGGGGGGCGGUGGUGUUGGUGAGGGGGGUAGAAUCUAGGUGAAGAGAAGGAUGUCUGUCGGGAAGUCCUGGAGUGGUGAUGGGCUAGGUGUGGGAGAGGGCCUUGGAGAAAACAAUACUAGAACACUGGAAGGAAGUCCUAGAGACGACCUGUUCUCCUGGCUGAAGCUUCUAGAAUCCAAAACAUUAAUGAAGGUGUGGCCCGAAGCCAGCCCCGCCUCGUCCUCUCCGGGCGGAAGUUUCGGGGCAGUUACCGGAAGUCUUCGUGAGGUGGGGCGGGGCCUUUGCGGCAGCACGGUGGGAUCAGUAUGGCUACCGAGGGGGAUGUGGAGCUGGAGUUGGAGACUGAAACCAGCGGCCCAGAGCGGCCUCCGGAGAAGCCACGGAAGCAUGACAGCGGUGCGGCGGACUUGGAGCGAGUCACUGACUACGCGGAGGAGAAGGAGAUCCAGAGUUCCAAUCUGGAGACGGCGAUGUCCGUGAUUGGAGACAGAAGAUCCCGGGAGCAGAAAGCCAAACAGGAGCGUGUUUGUCAGAAGUCAUUUAUUUGGAAGGCACAGCUGGGAAUGAUCCUUCCUGGGAUGGUGAAGACUGAUGACAGAGAUGGAGAUCUCACGAGCAGCAGCAGAACGGAGCUUGAGGGAACACAUGGGCAAUGUGGUAGAGGCUCUUAUUGCCUUAACCAACUGAUCUUUGCUUUCUCAGACCCACUCACUGGAUUAUUUUAUUUCAAUAAAGACUUAUUCUUAUUUUGCAAUUAUCUUGGAUCAAGUGCUAUAUGUAUCAUACUGUAAUUUAUUGUAGCAAAU